CGACCUUUAACCAGUUGUAGUGCACUGGCCGGAACAGCGGACGGACCUACAGACAGGUCGGCGGCGGAACGUACGGACGGCCAGACAGACAGAGAAACGGACAUAUGGAGACAAAACCUAUAGUUCCUCCCGACCUGUAACUGUCUUGGCCUGUGUGACAAGAAGAUGAAGAUUCGCAGUGUCAGGUUGGCGGAACUCGUUUUGAUCAUAGUCCUCUUCUGGGCGGUGUGUUGGCUGUUUGUGUGGUGGAUACGGACUCCCAGCGUCUGUUCCGGUUCGUCUUCUAUCGGUAUGCCUGUGGCUGGACAGUCACGUGUGGGAGAUUUUUACGUAAAACAAGACAGCGCCGCCCAGACGAAGAUCCCAGUGUACAUUGUGGAGGAACACCACGAAGUAAUAAAGUACUGGUACGGGGCUGCUAACCAGGGGUAUAUUCCGAAGUCAGGAAAUGUUCUGCUUCACAUAGACGGCCAUUCUGACGGUGCCACUCCACCCAAAUGGAUGUUGGGGCCUCUCUUUCGAUAUCCAAUCAGCAACCACGAGCUUACUAAUAUGAUGCAGGAAAACGACGUCUUCAUUGUAGCAUCUGCUCUAACGGGUUUCAUAGAUCGGUUCAUCUGGGUAUGGCCGACAUGGAACACAGACAGCUCGGAGGGGCAGAGUGAAAAGGAAUACGCCUCAUUCCCGGUACGGUACGGCUCCAUGAACCGCGAGGACACGAAAACAGGUCGACUUGUGAUGGAGCUCUGUGCGUGCAUGUCAUCAAAGGAAUUUAAUUUCGAGACCUACUGCUUCAUGAAUAACGCCUCCGACUUAGAAGACAUGGAUGGGAUACCCAUAAAGGAAUCAGAAUGCAAUAUUAAGUAUUCUGGGCUGGUUGAGAUCGUGAGUGAGAUUAAGGCAAUAUCUCUUAUUAAGUCUGGCAUCUGGAUAACCGCCAAGGACAAGGUCUUGUUGGAUGUGGAUGAGGACUUCUAUGGUGUCGAGGCAUCAGUAUCGCGACUGUAUGGGGUUGGGAUUGACCAGGACAGGGUGGAUGAAGUAUCCCAGAUGGUCAAACGUUUGGUAUGCGCCUCGAAUACGCAUCAAGAGAGACAGACAGACUCGUUCUACAACUAUUUAAUACAGACCAUUAUUGAUUUCAAGAUCGUCUGCUCUCAGAGUGAAAAGGUUAAUGACAGUAUCUGUAAAAAUUCCAGGAAGCUAGCCUCCGCCGUAAAGAAGCUACGGCCAGAGUUCAUGAAGAAUCUUCGAGAGAGAAAUCUGGAACAGCAUAUAUGUGACCAUACUAGAAUCAAACUUGUUCUGAACAAACUCAUUUUGGAAUUCUGUAAAAUGACUAUAGAUCAGUUGAAAGCAUUUGCAGAAGUUGGAAUCUGCUUAAACCAAAGCCCAAAGACAAUGAACUUUGAUCACAGACACAGUAUGAGAGUAUGUUAUGGUUACAACACACCCAACGAGACUGCGGUGAUGUUUCACGUCCCAUCCUUAGCAGAAAUAGAUCAGAGGACGGAUAAUCUGAAGGACAUAUUAAAACAAAAACAGUUUGUUCCCGGUGCUGUCACAAUCUGUAGGUCUACAAGAGAUGGCUAUACACCGAAGAAAUAUUUUACCAAAAUAGAGUCAGACGUUAAACUUGUACUUAGAGACGCUUUCCCCAGGAUAAGAGAGGAUUCGUUUUACUAUGACGAGGACCUGUUAGGAGGACCUUCUGGUUGGCAUGGGAGACACUGAUUUAUUGCGUAGACAAAACCUGAACCUAUAAUAAAAUACAGAAUGAAAGA